UAGCAACAUCAUUGAUGUAUUAACCUUUCUCAUAGAAGUGAUAAAGCUGUAAUUUCUUUUGUGUCUCUCUUAAGAUAUUAAACAUGCAAAAACUCGAUUUACCAUUUGAUUAUAAAGAAGCUGCGGCGAUUGAACGUCGCCGCGACCAGGAAAAACAAAGGCAAUGCCGUAUCUUUAAUGCUAAAGUACGAACAAUCGGAUUAGAUGUGGAUGCCAUUGAUCAACAGGUUCUAGAGAAGAAGGCUCAAGAAGAAGAUGAUAGGCGAAGAGAUGAUGCAUUUAACUCAGAUGCUGUAAGGAAUUCUAAAAUUGGCCAGUUGUUGGAAAUGAGACAGAAUGAGGAUAUACGGGAACUGAACAAGAAGCUCAGUGAAUAUCGUAUGUUGCAUCAGCAAGCUGGUCAUCGUCGAGAAUUUGACUUGAAUGACCCAGAUAGACUAAAGAAGACCUUAUCAAAUCGAAUGUUUGAUGAUGAUCCUAAAUGUACAUCAUCUGGUUUACAGAAGUUUGAUGGUGAAGAUCUGAGCAAUCCAUCUCGUAAUCAGUUUCAAAAAGAACAGAUGCGAGAGUGGUUAAUCCAGCAAAUUCAGGAUAAGAGGAGGGCUCAGGAAAAUCUGAAAGAAGCAAACCAUCUUCAUGAUUUGAAGCGUCAAGAAUUGGAUGAAAGACUUGUGAGACUUGAGGAGGCUGAGAGAUUGUGCAAAAUGAAUAUUGACAGAGCAACCAGUGAUUUUAAUUAUGCUCUUAUGAAUGAGAGAAAAGAAAAAGAACGCUUGAAAAAGCAACAAGACGAAGAUGAUAAUGCUACUGAAAUAGCUAAUUGCAUAUAUGGAGAUAUUCUCACAGAAAACCCUGUUGUAGCCCAAAGUGGUUUUGGGGUCCAUCGUGUAAUUCCAGACAGAUGGAAAGGCAUGAGUCCACAACAACUUGCAGAAAUACGAGACACCCAAAUACGACAAUGUAUUGAAAAUAAGAAAAAGAGAGACGAUGAAGAAAAACUAAACAAAAACUGGGAUGAAAUUCGAGCAGCACAGGCCAGAUCUGGUAUACUUGUGGAACGAGAACUGAAUCGGAACCAGAAGGAUUGUCUUCAACAGCUAGCAGAUGAGAACCGAAGACUUGCUCAAGAACAGAAAGCUCAACAAGAGUUUUUAAAUAAAGAAGUGUAUACUAACCCUCCAACAGCUGCCUACUUUAUGCAAUUCAAUACAACUUCCAGAUAAAAUGUUAAUAUAUUUAUUUUAGAUAUUUUGGGCACUUUAUAAACAAUAAAAAAAGUGUUUAGAAUUUCUAGGAAUGUAUCAAAUGCAUCUGCAAAAUAAAGACAUGAAAAACAA